UCGGCUCAGCCAUGAUGCGAGAUCCAUGGCAUAGGAUGGUCGAUUGAGUUCCUUUUCUGCAGGGUGGGAUGCGGCGGGCGCGAGAUCUGCCUGGGCCAGGGCAGUAUGAGAUCCCGCACUUCUUGUCUCAGAGCACGAGAGCGGUGAGCUUGAAGAUCGGCAGCCGCAGUGGUAACCAGAUGGAAAGCUCUCCGGGCCCUGCCGAUUACGUGGCGCCCCCCGCGAGCCCGGUGCAGCGCAAAACGAAGCACGUGAGGUUCGGCCGAGCCCGGCGCUUUAGCAGGAACAUGGACGACACCCCUGGGCCCUGCCAGUACACGCCUCACAACCCCUUAGCGAUCUCCGAACGCCGCAGCAUCGGUGAGAAAACCUCCGUGAAGCUGCCUGGCGUGUCGGACGUGACUCCGGGCCCAGGCGCCUACACUCCGGUGAAGGCGGUUGAGACCUUGAAUUGCGGCACAUCCUUCUACAAAGGAUCAACAAGGUGGAUCAUUGCCUCGCACGUGGAAAGCCCCGGGCCUGCGGCCUACAUGGCGGACAAGGAGCCCUCGAAGAUCACCAAGUCCAACGGCUUCGGCGGCGAAGCGCGACUUCCGGAGCGGAGCAAGACCGCCGGCGAGACGCCCGGGCCCGGAUCCUAUACCUGGGACCUGAAUGAAGCCCUAUGGUCCCAAGAUCAGUAUGACGCCUCGACGCGAGAUAGACUGAGCCCAGACUGAGCCUUGAACAGCCUGUCAUGACAUGCUUUUCAGAGGUGUAGGACUGGGGGCCGCCUGUAUCGAGAGAGGAGACGGUCUCGCA